CACGAUUUCCAUAAUGGUUAAUCGUUCUUUUGUUCAAAACAUCUGAUCUGAAGAAGAAGAAGGGGAAGACUUUAAUUUAAAAAUUAUCCAGCUUGGUAGAUUUAAAGACCUUCAACUAGAAAAGUCAAUCAGCAAAACAAUGGCUCAGCCUUCACAACCUGGAUUAAUAUUUACUGGCAUUGUAAAACAGGUCUUAUCUGGUGACAAUCUUGUCAUUCGUGGCCAACCUAAAGGUGGUCCUCCUCCAGAAAAACAAGUUGCCUUAUCUAAUGUGGCUGCACCAAGAUUAGCAAGACGUGGAACUGGAGAAACAAAAAGCUCUGAUGAUGCACCUUAUUCAUGGGAAAGUCGUGAGUAUUUGCGCAAGAGGUUAGUUGGAAAAGAGGUUCAGUUCCAUUCUGAAUAUAAUCCUCCCGGUGCAAGACGAGAAUAUGGAUCAGUUUUUGUACGAAACAGCAAUGGUGAAUUGAAGAAUAUUUCCGAAGACUUAGUGGCAGAAGGUUUAGUCACUGUACAACGGCUUGCAAUCAGACCACCUUCAGAGGGUACAAAAUUAAUUGAACUUGAAGAUGCUGCUAAAGCUGCUAAGAAGGGACUGUGGUCAGAUGAUGCUAAGAAUCAUGUUCGUGCAGUCACAUGGAACAUAGAGGAUCCAAAGCUUUUUGUUGAUCAAAAGAAAGGAAAGCCUGUCAAUGCUAUUAUUGAAAUGGUUCGUGAUGGAAGCACAGUCAGAGCAUUUUUACUUCCCACUUUUGAACAUGUCACUGUAAUGCUGACUGGCAUCAAAUGUCCUUCAUACAGACGAGAACUUAGCAAAGAAACUGGCAAGGAAGAAAUGGUUCCUGAAAUGUUUGCAGAAGAAGCAAAAUAUUUCACUGAAAUCAGAAUAUUGCAGCGUGAAGUUCAAAUUAUUCUUGAAGGAGUGUCAAACCAAAACCUGUUGGGCACUGUCCUACAUCCAGCUGGAAAUAUUGCUGAGUUGCUUUUAAAAGAAGGAUUUGCUAAAUGUGUUGAUUGGAGCAUGGGGGUUUUAACGAAUGGUCACAAAAAAUACAGACUAGCAGAAAGGUCUGCCAAAGACAAAAAGUUACGACUGUGGAAAGAUUAUGUUGCUACAGUGACAUCCAUUGAUGAAUUUACUGGCAAGGUCACUGAAGUCAUCAAUGCUGAUGCCCUUAUGGUGAAAUUAGCUAGUGGGGAUAUCAGAAAGAUAUUUUUAAGUAGUCUGCGUCCACCAAGAGCACAACCCAAAGAUGAUGGUGUUGUAGAGAAUGGACCGUCCAGAGAUGGAAAAAGGGGUCGCCCAUUAUAUGACAUUCCAUAUAUGUUUGAGGCUCGUGAAUUCCUUCGUAAAAAAUUAAUUGGUAAAAAGGUUAAUGUGCAUAUUGACUAUGUGAAGCCAGCUAAUGAUGGAUAUCCAGAACGUCAGUGUGCUACUGUAACUGUUGGUGAAAUCAACAUAGCAGAAAUGCUAAUCAGCAAAGGUCUUGCCACCUGUCUUCGUCAUAGAGCAGACGAUGAUCUUCGUUCUUCAUGCUAUGAUGAAUUGCUGUCUGCUGAAAGUCGAGCUCUCAAAAACAACAAAGGCCUCCACAACAAAAAAGAUCCGCCAGCUCAUAGAAUUGCUGAUUUGUCAGGUGAUGCUGGCAAAUCAAGGCAAUACCUUCCAUUCAUGCAACGAGCAGGAAGAUCACAAGCUAUUGUUGAAUUUGUUGCAAGUGGCUCAAGAUUCAGAUUUUUUGUACCAAGCCAAAGCUGCCUCUUUACGUUCUUAUUAGCUGGUAUUUCCUGCCCACGUAUGAAAGCGUUUAAUCCUGCUGGUGCUCAAAUAUCUGAAGAUGAAUUAAUGGGCAAAGAAGCAUACGACUACAGCAAGGAACACACCAUGCAGCGUGAUGUGGAGUUUCAAGUGGAAAACAUUGACAAAGGUGGAAACUUCAUUGGUUUUCUUUUCGUAGACAAUGUCAAUUUAUCUCUCGCCUUGGUUGAACAAGGUUUGUCUAAAGUACAUUUCACAGCAGAGAGAACAUCUUAUUAUAAGGAAUUGUCAGCAGCUGAAGAACGUGCGAAAUCUAAGAAGCUUGGUGUAUGGAAAGAUUAUGUGGAAGAAACCCACGAAGCUGUUGUGAUUGAAGACAGUGAACGAAAGACUAAUUUCAAAAAGGUCAUUGUUACUGAAAUUGUUGGCGGUGUAGAAUUUUGGGCACAACAUAUUGACAAUGCUGCACAAUUUGAGCAAAUGCAGCAACAAUUAAGAACCGAGAUGACAGACAGUCCACCACUACCUGGUUCGUUAAAACCAAGAAGAGGAGAUCUUGUUGCAUCCUUGUUUGUUGAUAACUUAUGGUACCGUGCUAAAAUAGAAAAGAUUGAGCAAAAUGGAAAGAUUCAUGUUCUUUAUGUUGACUAUGGAAACCGUGAAGUUGUAUCUUCCACGAAGUUAGCCAAUCUACCACAACCUUACACUAGUUUUCCACCUCAAGCGCGUUUGUACAGUCUAGCAUGUUUGAAAUCACCUAAGGAUGAAGAGAACAUGUAUGAUUUAAGCAAUGCAUUCGCCAAGGAAGCCCUGAACAAAGAGUUUUCUUUGAACAUGGAGUAUAAGUUUAAUGGGCAGGAAUUUGUAACUUUGAGCAAUCCUGAGACGAAGCAAGAUUUGGCAAGUACAUUACUUUCUAACGGUGUUGUUUUACUUGACAAAAGAAGAGAAAAACGUCUCCAGAAGCUUGUCCAUGAUUACGUUGCUGCCCAAGAAAAAGCUCGUAAAAAUAGGGUAAACUUAUGGCGAUAUGGAGAUUUCACCGAAGACGAUGCUCCAGAGUUCGGCGCAUAAUUUCGUACAGGAGUAAAUAAAUUUGGACUCAGUAAUGAAAAAAAAAAUAUAAUACGGUGAACUCAUGAAUAAAAAUAAAUAAAUAAAUCGUUGGACUCAGUUACUUGCUUUAAUGUAGGAAAAUAAAUGAAUUACCCCAUUGUUGAUGGAUGGGGAAAGAGUAUUAUAUGAUAAUAGAAUUUAUGUUAACUUAUACAUACGCCAGAAAGAUAUUUUUUGACUAUUUUAUUAUCACGUUUCUAUAAAAAAUUCCUUCACAACAAUUUUUUCAAAUGAAACAACUUCAGAUUUAAGUACUGAAAGAAGAAAAAAUUGCGUUUUGUUUACUUUUUACAAGAGUGAAAUUUUUACUACGCUAAUUUUAAUUUUACAUACUUUUUUUCGUCUGAAUUGUGUUGGAUUUAUUUAUUUAUAUCUUAAUUCGAAAUAGUUUUUAUGAACGGAGCAUUUCUUCUAUAUUUUACUAGCAUGUUAAAAGCUUGGUUCCUUUCUGUUCCCCUCGCCACAAAUUUCUUGACCCUCGGGUGGUUUUUUUUAUGCCGUAUCCUAAUUUUUUUUUUUAACACUUGUGAGAAUUCCACUGAUUAGAUUUUUCGAGUGGAUGAUGUAUAACGACAUUUUACUGACUUUAGCUCAGUUUCCAUUGAAGUCAGUCAUUGUCAUGCAAAUAUUGUAGCCAUGGAAGAGA